ACUGAUCUAACCCUUCCUCUAGAUCUCCAUCACCUCAACCAUGGCUGUACCGCCAGGGUUUAUCUGGAUUGCUCAGAACGUGCCUUCGCGGUUCUUGCUUCCCGCGACCACCACCUACGCGGCUUUACGGCUUCUUCGCGAAUGGCAGGUCCUAGCCCUCCCCACUUGGCUCCAUGUCAUCGCAUACAUCCUUUCCAUCCCUGGUGCAUUCGCAUUGUCAGUCGUGUAUACCGACUGGCGCAAUGCACGCGCCGCAGCCGCGAGGGGCGCGGUCCUUGCACCUAUGAUCCCGUACAAGCGCUUGGGAGCAACAGACAAAGUAGCGGCCCUCAUCAACGGCUUUACGACCGGUUAUAUCGGCCAAUCUAUCGCUGCGGAUCACAAGGCCGUUGGAAACACCAUGACCAUGCGCAUUCUCUGGGAUGACAGAAUCGAGACUAUCGAACCAGAGUAUAUCAAGGCUAUCCUUGCUACGCAGUUCAACGAACACUGGAAAGGUCCCAAAUCAAAUGAACUGAUGACGUCUUUGCUGGGAACGGGUGUGUUCAACUCGGAUGGGGAAACUUGGAAGUUCCAUCGCUCGAUGACCAGGCCCUUCUUCACCAAAGAUCGCAUCAGCCACUUCGACAACUUCGACAGACACGCGGAGGACGCCCUUGCCCAGGCCAAGGCUCGCCUGAGAGAGGGCCACCCCGCUGACUUCCAGGACCUGAUCUCCCGCUUCACCCUCGACUCCGCCACCGAGUUCCUCUUCGGCAAAGACGUCCAGUCCCUCUCCGCCGGCCUCGUCUACCCGCCCAACUCCCCGCUCGCCGCCGCCUCAGCCGCCAAGGACCACCCCGCGAACGUCUUCGCGCAUGCGUUCGGCGAGGCCCAGGUCGGCACCGCAACGCGGUUCUUCUUUGCCGGUCUCUGGCGCCUGCGCGAGUUCUGGACGGACGAGGUGCAGAAGCACAUGAAUGUGUGCAACCAGUUUGCGGAGCCCAUUCUAAACGAGGCGCUCGCGCGGAAGCGAGAGAUGAAGGAGUCGGGGCUGGACCAGGCGCGCGAGAAGGGCGAGGUUGAAGAGGGCGAGACGCUGCUUGAUCACCUUGUCAACGUUACUGAGGACAAGACGCUCAUCCGGGACGAAAUCAUGAACAUCAUGAUCGCAGGCAGAGACACGACUGCAUGCACGCUGACCAUGGCCGUAUACAUGCUAACUCAACAUCCGGAUAUGAUGCACCGCCUUCGCGAAGAGGUCCUGACCAAGGUCGGCCCCUCCCGGAGACCCACCCUUGAGGACAUGCGUGACAUGAAGUACUUGCGCGCCUUCAUUAACGAGACCCUCCGUCUAUAUCCCGCCGUACCCUUCAACUCCAGAGCCGCCAAGGAGGCAGUCGUCUGGCCUGGCAUCAACGGCAAGCCUCCCAUCUACAUCCCUGCUGGCCUUCGCACCCCGUACUCCGUCAUCCGGAUGCACCGUCGCACGGACCUCUGGGGCCCCGACGCGGAGUACUUCGACCCCGACCGCUUCCUCGACGAGCGCCUGCACAAGUACCUAACCCCCAACCCCUUCAUCUUCGUCCCCUUCAACGCCGGCCCGCGCAUCUGCCUCGGGCAGCAGUUCGCAUACAACGAGGUCUCCUUCUUCCUCAUCAAGCUUCUCCAGGCGUUCUCGACGUUCGCGCUCGCGGAGGACGUGCAGAAGAUGCCCCCGGCAGAGUGGGCCCGCGCGGAGGGCCGCCAGGCCGUGGAGCGGGUCAUGGUCCGGUCGCAUCUGACUAUGUACGUUGAGGGCGGAUUGUGGGUGAGGAUGGGCGAGGCGAGCCAUGAGGCUUGAUUGACGGCUAAUGAACGGGAAGAGAUACACCUCGUACAUGGUGAAGAUACAGAGUCGAGACAUUUGGCACUCGUCGCCAGAGACGGUCCUUGCUUCUCAUUAUAGACCUACGCUAUGUUUAGGACCCACCUUAGAAGAAUGAACAGAAUACGAGCUCAAUCGCAGUGCCUUCAGAACCUGGCAUGAAGAUAACCGCGUGACUAUUUGUACAAAAUGCAAAUCAGGGGUAUCGAGGUACCAUAAGUAACCUUAGACGCCUACGUCUCCGAACAUACAAAAAGAA